GAUAUUGGAAGCAUUUCUCGCCGCGCUUGACUUCUGCGUAAUUAUUUCCCAAUUGAUUAAAAUUAAUAUAAUUAAAAUAAUUAUAAAAAUAACAACUUGUCAUUGCACAGGCAGGCAGCAACAAAUCGAGGCAAACAGCAAAAGAAUUGAAGCUCGCCGAAACCGAAGAACAGCAUGAAAAUGGUGUUGUCGCAGCGGCAGCGCGAGGAGCUUAACCAAGCGAUUGCCGAUUAUUUGGGCUCAAAUGGCUAUGCCGACUCACUGGAGGCCUUUCGUAAGGAGGCCGAUCUCAGCACAGAAGCGGAAAAGAAGUUUGGCGGCCUUUUAGAAAAGAAAUGGACAUCGGUCAUACGGCUGCAAAAGAAGGUCAUGGAAUUAGAGGCUAAGCUAACGGAAGCUGAAAAGGAGGUUAUCGAGGGUGCGCCCACAAAGAACAAACGUACGCCAGGCGAAUGGAUACCCAGGCCGCCAGAGAAAUACUCACUAACAGGACAUCGUGCCAGCAUAACGAGGGUUAUAUUUCAUCCAAUAUUCGGACUCAUGGUUUCUGCUUCGGAAGAUGCCACCAUUAAGAUAUGGGAUUUCGAAACUGGCGAAUAUGAGCGUAGUCUGAAGGGACAUACAGACUCUGUGCAGGAUGUGGCAUUCGAUGCGCAGGGCAAGCUCUUAGCCUCCUGCAGUGCUGAUUUGUCCAUUAAAUUGUGGGACUUCCAACAGAGUUACGAGUGUGUUAAAACCAUGCACGGUCACGAUCACAAUGUCUCCUCGGUGGCCUUUGUGCCCGCCGGAGACUAUGUGCUAUCCGCAUCACGUGAUCGCACUAUCAAAAUGUGGGAAGUGGCCACGGGCUACUGCGUUAAAACCUACACCGGCCAUCGGGAGUGGGUGCGAAUGGUGCGCGUGCACAUUGAAGGCAGCAUCUUUGCCACAUGCUCAAAUGAUCACACAAUACGCGUUUGGUUGACGAAUUCAAAAGACUGCAAGGUUGAAUUACGUGAUCAUGAGCAUACGGUGGAAUGCAUUGCCUGGGCGCCCGAGGCGGCAGCAUCAGCAAUAAAUGAAGCAGCCGGCGCUGACAACAAGAAGGGUCACCAUCAGGGACCAUUCCUGGCAUCGGGCUCACGUGACAAAACCAUACGCAUUUGGGAUGUGAGCGUUGGACAGUGCCUGCUCACAUUGAACGGGCACGACAAUUGGGUGCGGGGCUUGGCAUUCCAUCCGGGUGGCAAAUAUUUGGUAUCAGCCAGUGAUGACAAGACCAUUCGGGUCUGGGACUUGCGCAACAAGCGAUGCAUGAAGACGCUCUAUGCGCAUCAGCAUUUCUGCACAUCAAUUGAUUUUCACAAAGCGCAUCCUUAUGUCAUUUCCGGCAGCGUAGAUCAAACAGUUAAAGUUUGGGAAUGUCGUUAGGAACUCGGCAAAAGAUUUGCUUAUUUCUCAAUUUAAACAUAAUUAAUAAAGCUACAAUAUUUAUAUAUAUAGAUAUAUAUAUAUGUAUGCAUAUAUAUAUAUUUGAGUAUGCAAAACAGCACACAGUCUCAGCCACCUUUACCAGAUGCAUCAAUGCAAACAUCAAUUGUAUAUUUCAAAAUAUAUCUAUAUAUAUAUGUAUGUGUAUGUAUACAUAUGAUGUAUGUCUAAAGUUAAAACCGAGCAAGCAGCAAUUAGAAGAAAAUAACUAAACAGCGAAAGAAACGAAAUAUUUAUUUAAUAUAUGGCCUCCUAACCAACUAACCUACCUACCUACCAACUAUACAAAGUACAUGCAUAUUUAUAUAUAUAUACCUUUAAAUAUACAUACGAUUAUUGUUAAUUUAAAUGCUGUGU